AUGCAUGCUGAGCUCAAUGAAGGCCUCCAAAACGACGUCAAAGAGCAAGCGCACGAAGCAAGUGUGAGCUCUAGGGGACUUGGGGCACUUGGCUCAGAGGUUUCCAAGGCCCUGGACGACGUCGUGUGGCUUCGCAACCUCGAAGACCCCAAUAUUCUCAAGAAAAAUCAAAUACCUUGA